AUGGCGACAAAGAGCUAUGCUGAGGAGGUGGCGCGCAAGUAUGCGGACGAAGUGGUGAGAGCAAGCACUGAGAAGGAAGAGAUUGACGCCUUGCGCCGCGAUUUCGUCGAGGAACAGGAGCGGAUUCGGUCGAGCGUGAGGCAGCAGCAGACCAACAGGAAAGACCUCAACGCAGCUCUCGAGGAGUUGAAUGACUUGCGAGCUGAUCAGAUCACCUCAUUGAGAGAGGAGGAGGCGACGAUUCGGGACGGCUUGAAGCACACCGCGAAUAGUCAGGCUUUGUCGGAAGCAGAAAUGAAGGAGGAUUGCGAGGCGCUUCGCAUCGAGUUGAAGGAGCAUGCCGAGAGGCAGCAGCAGGAAGGGGAGAGAUCACCGAGCAAGAGAAGCUGCACCAUCUUGGAACAUGCGGUGGUGGUCGAGGCUGUACCUGGCAGGCACGGAAAUAGUGGGAAGAUCCCGCAUUUUGAUCCUUACCAUGUGUUGAGCGAGCGUGUGGUGAGAACGAUGACGAAAGAUCGGUUGCUGAUGGGUGUUAUAGACACCAUUAUAGAAUGUAACGGUGGUGGGGUCGAGGAGGCGGCAGACGGCACGUGCUUGAGACAUGGCCUUGGGCUGCAACUCUUCACAGCGCGCCCGCCAGAAACCGCAGAGGAUGGGCAAGCUCCGGACAUUCUGCACGGUCGCUAUCAAGGCGCCUGGAGAAAGGGACAACUCACUGGCUCCGGUGUUUACCAUUGGAGCGAUGGGACGGUAUAUGAAGGGUACUUUCUGGAUGGCUGUCCCCAUGGCUACGGCCGCAUCAAGUGGCCGGAGGGUACCGUCUAUGACGGGGACUGGAAUGGUGGGGAGAUGCAUGGGCAAGGGACAUACAUUUGUGGAUUUACGAAUCUCGAAAGCCACGGGAUAUUUUGGCACAACUGCUUACGAAACCAUGCGGGGCAAUGGGUGAACAAGGUGCAGGAAAGAGAAGCUCUAAGGCAGCAGCAUCUGAAGAUUAAUGCGUAUCCCAGCACGAGCUACUUCAUGCCGGUGAUUCGCUGCCGUGGAAAGGAGAUCUUGAGCAAAGCCUUAUCGAUGUCACAGGAGCCGCCUUUUUUAGUUCCCUUCCUGCUCGCCAAGCAAUCCUACAGUGCCGGACCAGAAGUUUCCUUGACAUCGCCACCCCCUCUUUGCUGUGCAGAAGCAGACAUUCCCGGUGCCCGCGGGUGCACCUUUGGGACAUCCAUCCACAUUUCGCACGUGGCAGCCGAGAAGCGUCGUGUGCGACACACGGACCCUCUCUUCCAAAAAGCCAUUCAGACGGCCUUAGUGGAGUCAAGGCCUUUUGCCUUGAUCUGGCCUGACGAUGAGAAGCCAGCUUCUCCAUUCUCUAACCACCAGCUGGAGGUGCCUGUAGACAUUUGGGAUCUCGAAAAUGCCCACGCCGUCCCCAAGGAGUGGUGUCUCGAUUACUUCUUCGACAAGCUCGUGUUACCGACUGACAUCUUCGACCCGCCCCACUUCCAGUGCAGCAGCCUCGCUGACGCUUUCCUCCCAGAGUCCGAAGUUCAGAGUGCUUUCUCAAGGGAUGCUUGCUGGUCCAAAGACACGAAGGAGCCAGCACACCCAGAGAUGCAGCCGCCGCCAGUUCUCCACACUCUGCGCACUUUGCUGAUAUCGCUCAGGAAGGUCCCAAACGGUGCUGAAGAUGAAUCUAUCCGGAAGCACAUGCUGAGCCGUUUCGGGUCUGCGGUGUUGCGAGAGCAAUUGACACGGCAGUACAUGGAACAGCUGGACAAAGCAAUGGACCUGCAAGGAGGUAUCCACAAGCUGCAGUUGAGCCACAAAGAACUCGAUGAGACUGUAAAGACACGUUUGCCGAGCCCUUCGUCUGCAACCUCCGGGUGA